AGGUUGUUUUCGCCCUAAAACCAAAGAAGAAGCAGCAGUUUCCGUCUCUCCCCGGAAGUAGAUCUGUGUGACCCAGUUUCCGUCUCUGCCGCUAAAACCGUAAAGAUUAAAGAUUAAAGAUGGACACCGACCCGAUUACCGACCUGAUUCUGCAGCUUCAUGAUGUGAACGCGGUGAAGUUUGGAGAGUAUAAGCUGAAGAGCGGUUUGAUGACUCCUAUUUACAUCGACCUGAGGGUUUUAGUGUCCUUCCCCGCGCUCAUGAACCAGGUGAGAGCACGCGCUACUUUACCUGUACAAACAGGAAAAACAACAACAAACUUCUGUGUGUGAAAGCUUCACCACCUACAGACUGAAUAAGUUUAUUAAAUAUAAAAAUAUAUAAACUAAAGUGAGAGGGGAGCCUCGUGCUGAGGUAAGACUGCUGCGCACGUGCGUGUUCCUCCUCUGUCCAUUGGUCCGUCAGUGUUUUGGUCAGCCAAUCAGAAGCCCGGACACUGUAACCCUGAGGAUGAGGUUCGGACCCCUGUCCUAAAAACAACAAUAAUCUAUAAUAUUAUGGUCUGUCCUUCACAGCAGCUUUAAUGAGUCAGUCUCUAAUCAGAGGUUCAUGGACUUUAAUUUGUUUUAAUUUGACCAAAUAUUAACUUCAGUCAAUGAUCGAUUUUAUAUCAGGACACAUUUCUCUUUUAUUUAAUAUAAAAGGUUUAACAGAUAUCAUCUUUUUAUUUUUAAAAACAUGUAUUUUACUGGAAUUUGUUGGUUUUAUGAAGUUCAAAAUCAGGUUUAGCUCUUCAGGUUAACAUUAAAUUAAAUAUUUUUGUACAAAAUUGUUGUAAAUAUUAAUUACUAAAAUAUGAGAAAGUUGUUUAAAAAUCAAUUUUGCUCAUUCAUUCAUUAAAUCACCCACUUUGUGUGUGUCUGAGAAACUUUGGUCAACGGUGUUACCCAGUGAAACGCCCCAUAAAUCAGUAAUUCGCUCCUAAGCCACAUGUUCAGCAUCAUUUGAUGGAAAUUGAAAACACAGUGUGGUAAAUCUUUACUUCUCCUCUUCAAUAUUUUAUCAAUAUCAUUGCGAACACAUAGAGCUGAUUAAUUGAUUGUCAACAUAUUCAUGAGAACUUGCUUUAAAUGUUUAAUUUACUAAAAUGUAGAUAAAGUAAAUAAAAACAGGAGUUGAUUAAAAUCUUUCAGUGACAGUUCUGAGGUCUGCAGUCAGAAAAAGGCCCUAAACUGUGUUACUCAUCAGCUGUAACACAGUUGACAGUGUUCGAAGUUUACUGCCACAUUUUAUUUUUAUAUUUAGAGACAAACAUAAUGAUUUGUGUUUUAGGACGAUGGGUUUAUCUGCUGCUGAGAAGCAGCGCCGUUACAGGGCUCGGCGUGAUGCUGAUCCUGAGAGAAGGGCUGCAGGUUCACCUGUCCUGUCAACCGUGUUACUCCCAUCAACUGUGUUACAAGUGUUUUUUAUGUCAUAAAUCUCUUAAAUGAUGAAUAGACUUUUACAAAAAAGAUGUGGAUAUCAUAUAUUGUUUCUUCAAAUAUUGAUAUUGAUUUUAUCGAGUCUCCCUGAUAAUCUUUACAUGAAAAUGAUGAAACUCUAACUGUAGAUGAUGGGUACCAUGAAAAGGUGAUGCCUCGUUGGUUCUGCUGCCUCAGGACAGUUUUUCUCUUUUUCCAUCUUAGACUUUCCUUUUUCUUUGUGUUCAGGUUUCCAGUCUGAUUUACCAACGUGCGCAGGAAGAGGAGCUGCGGUUUGAUAACGUGUGUGGGGUUCCUUAUACAGCGCUACCUUUAGCCACAAUCAUCUGUUCCAGAAAUGAUCUGCCGAUGCUUAUAAGAAGGAAGGAGGCCAAGAACUACGGUGGGUGUCUGGAAGAGUUUGAGUCAGUUUGUUAAUGUUGAGACAUUUUUCAGAGGAAAACACUCUUGACAGCUGGGUCUGCGCCGGUCUGCGUCUCUUUUGGUAAUUUGAUCUAAAGUUAGGAAACAGAUAUAAAAAAAAAAACUGGUUAUUUAAUGUUUGUUUUAAAAUAGAAACACUAAACUUGAAAUACAGCUUGAUUUUCUUUUCUGGAAAGUUCACCGCUGAUUUACAAACUUUUGUCCCUCUGGAAGACGAUUCUGUUAAAGCCUGAAGUUGUAGUGAGAGUUAUUUCUCUAACUUUGACUGACGAAGCUUCUUGUCUGACCCUGUUAGGAACAAAGCGCCUGGUUGAGGGUUCAUUUCGUGAAGGAGAUACAUGUCUCAUCAUUGAGGACACAGUGACCAGCGGGGCCAGCAUCCUGGAGACUGCUGAAGUGCUUUACUCAGGUGGACUGAAGGUGAGGAAAAGAGAGGGUCGAAAAACCAGAGGUCUCAGGUCUCAGCACAGACGCAUGGACAGGGCAGUGGUGGUCAUGUCAGGGAUGAUGAAGAUGAUGAUGAUCAGGAUGAUGAUGAUGAUGAUGAUGAUGAUGAUGUCAGUGAUGAUGGUGAUGAUGUCAGUGAUGAUGAUGAUGAUGAUGAUGUCAGUGAUGAUGAUGAUGUUGUCUGUUUUUAAAGGCGGGGCUGUCUGAGGGCCACCAGGAUGAUUUUUUUGACAUUACUCCUUCUGUUCACGGAUCUCUCUCUCACAGAGUCUCUGAGUCUUUCACUGAUAUUAAUUAAACUCUGUUUGCAGCGACUUUAUUUUUAACACUUUUCUUCGAUGUAUUUUUCAUGAAAAAACGAAAGUUUCUCAGUUUUCAACAUUUUACGUGUUGUUCGCUCUCGCUUCAGUCACAUGAGGAGUUUAAAGGGUUAAAGGUCAACAGUCUACACAGUGUCCCGUCUGUUUUAAACUGAGGUUGUAGUAAUAUGGCAUGAAUGCUUUUAUUUCCAUGAUACUAAGUGUGUGUUUGUGAUUUCCUCCAGGUGACAGAUGCUAUUGUCCUCAUGGAUAGAGAACAAGGUGGUGUAGAGAUGCUGGCUGCUCAGGGAAUCAAACUCCAUCCAAUCAUUUCCAUGUUCAAGCUGCUCAAUGUGCUGCAGGCAGCGAACCGCAUCGACACGCAAACCGCCCAGAGUGUCCGCAACUUUAUUCUGGACAAUAACACUUUCAGGUACGGUUCUGAAGUCACUGUGUCAAACUAAAUUCUGUCUGUUUGACUGAAGUAGCAGCUCUGUAGCAUCUUUUUCGACUUUUUCAGCCCCAAAGAGGAAAACUGUAACGGAGUUCCUGUCACUAAGACGCCGAGUCUGAAACAGACGAGAGAACUGAGCUACGGAGACCGAGCCAAACUACCAAGUAUGUCGUCGGGGUCUACGCCCCAUAUAGACAAAGUUUUAUUCACUUUGUUCUUGGGACAUCAGUUUACUUUUUCAUUCAUACUGAAAUCACACAAUUCAGCCUUUAUAUCCUCCUCCUUGUUUAUGUCUCUGUGAUGUCCGUCUUAUCUGCAGAUGUUCACCCUUUAGCCUCCAAACUUUUGAAGAUCAUGGAGGAGAAACAGUCCAAUCUCUGUGUGUCUGCGGACGUGACGAGCAGUGAGGAGCUCCUUCAGCUGGCAGACAGUCUAGGUCCAAAAAUGUGCAUGCUCAAGACCCAUGUAGACAUUUUAAAGGUUGGUGUGAAGCUGUCCGUCUUUAGAAACUCUGUUGAGUUUGAGAAGAAGCUCCAGACUCUCCUUUUUAACCGACGUUUUACUGACUGACUUUUUAUAUUUCUGUUAUUGUUCAUUUUAAUCAAAGUUCUUCAUGUUUAUUUCAUGUCAUUUUAUUCAUUAUCUCUGUUCUUAGUCUUUUUCUUAGUUCCUGUCAUAAAGGUUUUUACUUCUUUUUUAUAUUAUAAAGAGCUUUUAUUUAUCUGUUUAUUUAAUAUUAUUUUUAGAGACUGACUCAUUAAAGUUUCAUCGGUGUCAGGUCAUGUCUCUCUAACAACAUAUCUGAAAUUCUCACACUGUGUGUGUGUGUGUGUGUGUGUGUGUGUGUGUGUGUGUGUGUGUGUGUGUGUGUGUGUGUGUGUGUGUGUGUGUGUGUCGUGUUUUAUUGUCGUUAUUGUCGUUUUUAGCCUCUGUCAGGAACUCUAAACUCCAUAAAAAUAAAGUUGAAUCUAAAAAUCUCCUACUUUGGUUUACGCUCACAGGACUACACCGUGACCUUCAACCAGAAACUGCAGGCUUUAGCCGAGAAACACAACUUCCUCAUCUUUGAAGAUCGGAAGUUUGCCGACAUCGGGAACACGGUGAAGCGUCAGUAUGAAGGUAACGAGGUUUAGUUAAAAUCUGCACAUGAACCAGUUUUAUUGGACGUAGCUCAGUCUUGUGUUCAUGUGUUUGGUUCUCAGGAGGAUUGUACCAGAUCUCAUCUUGGUCUCACAUCGUGAACGCUCAUGCAGUCCCAGGGCCGGGGGUGGUGAAGGGUCUGAGCGCCGUAGGGAAACCUCUGGGCCGGGGCUGUUUGCUCAUCGGACAGAUGAGCUCUCAGGGUUCACUGGCGACAGGAGAGUACACUCAGGCUGUGGUGAGCAUGUUAAACCUGUGUGUGUUUACACUGAGGCGGCCAUGUUGCUGUGGUUUCUCACUGUUAUCUUUGCUCACAGCUGAAGAUGGCGGAGGAGAACACAGACUUUGUGAUCGGGUUUAUCUGUGGAUCCAGGAUCUCGAAGAGGCCAGAGUUCAUCCACAUGACCCCGGGAGUGCAGAUUCAGGCUGGAGGUACACGUCUCUGUCUUCUGCUUUGACUAACAAUCAUGUUCGGUUAAUUUUCUCGCACACAAAGGUUGUUAACAAAAGGUGAUUAUGAAAGGGUGUUGGUUAAAGGUGCUCAGACUUGUCCUCUCAUGUAUUUCUGUGUCUGUCCUGUCGGACAGAAAGCCCCCCCGUCCCCCUCAGAUAAACAAACGCAGAAAAAGAAGAAGAAGUGAAUCUUUGAAGAGAUCCAUCCUACUGAGAACCUUUGGAGGGUCUUCAAGCUAAAGAUCUUUGAGGGUGGGGGGCAGGUCACAUCCAAACAGCAGCUCUGGGAGGAGAUUCUGACGUCCUGCAAACAAAACCAAACAGAAACUUUCCCAAAAACUCAAUAAAUGUCAGAAUUCUGAAGCUGCUGUCGAAUGAGGGUCCUGUGUUAAAACUGACCUGUUUAGAUGUUUUUAAAUAAAUAUCCUAAUGCUGCUAAUUCAACCAAUGACCAUUUUUAGUUCUUUACAAACUAUGAAAUGUUUUGAAACUCUGUUGAGUUCAAGAAAGUGGAAAAUCAUCUGAAUGUGAUCAAAGGAAACUGCUGCUGUGACGAUGAUGAACACAGACGACUGAAUGUUAAUAAUGAUGUGAGAAAAGCUCCAGUAUCAGGAUUCAGUCUUCAUGAGGACUUUACAGCUCUGUGACAGAAAAAAAAAAAAAAACCUUCUUCUUCUCCUCUCUGACACAUGGAGGCGCUGUUGAACCAAAAACCUGCUUUGAGUUGUUUUCCUGCGUUUCAGCUGACCUCCUCCUCGUCUGUUUCUUCCUCUCCUGCAGGUGAUGUGUUGGGACAGCAGUACACCACUCCAGAGGACGUCCUCUACAACAAAAACUCCGACGUCAUCAUUGUUGGCCGAGGAAUCUUGGAGGCUUCUGAUAGGCUGGAGGCUGCUGAGUCAUACAGGAAGUCAGGCUGGGAGGGUUACACUAAGAGACUUGGCAAAAUCAGCCAAUAGGGAGUCCAGCUGAUCUACUGUCAAUCAUUUCCAUGCCGUUACACUGACGGGUUCAUUUUAGUUAUACAAAUGUAGACGGCCCACUGCCACAGCAGUCAGCACACCUGUUACCUGCACACUAACCCACAGUUGGAUGAUGUUUGUAAAGUCUUAGGAUGAGAAGCUGCUCCGUUUACCUCGUGUCUCUCUGUGUUCUUCAGCUGCUAUGAUCUUCUGAUUCCCUCCAACACGAGUCGACCUGAAAGAGCAGCUGCUGUGGUUGUUCUGUUCUGAGUGUCCAGAUUAAACCAUGUCGAGUUUGACAAUAAUAAUAAUAAUAAUAAUGAUAAUGUUGUUGUUUUGUAUGAAAUGGGAGCUGAGGUUUAAUGGUUUAAGGUGUCAUGAGUUUCCAAGGUUGGUGCUUCUUGUGUAGAUAAAAAAAAAACUCAUUUCUUUGCCUUUUGUUUAUAAUUUCAGGAACUUUUGGGUCCAAAAAUAUCUGAUGCCUUUUUUAUUUGUCUGAUUGUUUGCAGUAACUUUUGGAGAAAACUGCUGCUGGUUUGGUGAUUAUUUUAGUUUACGACUGUGUUCCUAAUAUUGUCCAAAUUAGUGAAGAAUAAUAAACUAUCUUUAGAAGCUUUAAACGGACGUGUGAACACAGAGUGAUGGUGUUUACUGGAUUUCAGCAGAAUGACUGAGUUUGUUUAAGGACAGUUUAGUCAGAGAUCAUCCGUCUGUCCCGGGUCAGUAAUAUUGAGGGUUCUCUGGGUUUGGGUUCUCUUGCUGGUUAUACAUCCAUGUAUUUUUCAUCUAUGAGCAAUAAAAGAAACAUUUUGUCUUUUUAGUCACGAGAACAAAUCCUUCAAUAAAUCUUUUUAAAAAAAUCU